UCUGAUUCUAUUUCAUCUUUCGGCAGCUGUGCUAAAGCAUCUCAGUGUGGAACUAGCAGGCAGCAGCUGCUGGGCAGGUACCAGGCUUGGCUGUAUUCUGUGCUCCUUUGAUUUUGCUUCUCUCUCUAUUUAAUCAUUCCUUUUCCAGAGGAUGGGCUCUGACUUCCCUGCAACGUGUGCUCUUUAGAAGUCCUUCUCCCUAAGGAAUCAUGCUCAUUUAAACAAACAAAGAAAAAAAGAUUAGAGGGGGGAAAACAUCCCACAAGCAAGAGACAAGGAUGGAGAAAGAAACCAAGGCAUCCACCCAGUACGGAUCCCUGGAGUCAACCAAGUGGAAAGCAGCAGAUGCAGCCAAAGAGAAUGAGAUAGUGUCCAUGGCCGACUCCACAACGACCAUUGAUGACAUUGAAGGGGAGCUCUUCAAAAUUGAGAGGAUCCGGGAAGUUCUGGUGCGGAGGGAGUCGGAGCUCAGAUACAUGAUGGAUGACAUCCAGCUUUGUAAGGAAAUCACCAGAUUGAAAAAGGAGUUGCAGAAGCUGAUUGCAGUGCCAGAAAAUAAAAAAUCUAAAGAAGACAAGCAGCAGGAGGAGGAGCUAGUGCAGCAGAUUCACAAACUUGUGGAGACUCGAGAUUUCCUGGUGGAUGACGUGGAGUUUGAAAGGCUCAGAGAACGAGAAGAAGACAAAGAAAUGGCAGAGUUUUUGAAGACCAGGAUUUCCAAAACCUGCCUUCCGAAAACAACUCCAGUAAAAGAAAAGAGGAUGACCUCAAGAGGACAGCAAACCUCUACACCAUAUGUAACAAAGACAGGUCUCACCCUUCUGAAGGAAUGCUGUGGCUUCACCUGCUCGGUCAUGUAGGCUGGGGCUGUUGUCCAUAUUGCCCACCCCACCCACCCCGAAACGCAAAAUACAUUCAUGGGCAAACCCUGCCCACCCACACCCCGGUCAACUGGAUCCAUUCAACUCAUACAGAGUCACAAACUUCAGGAGCAGGGACAAGGGAUUCUUUUGCAGAUGACAUGGACAUUGAAAGCACAUGUGGAAACUGCCGGGGGCCCAAAGGCAGGGCCAGCAUCCACCCUCCUGCCGACCAAAACCAACCCACACAGUCAGGGUGGGCAUCAUAAGCAGAGAGCCAGCAUGCGUGCUGCCAAGUGGGAGGGCCAAACCACAGACAAAGAUUUCAGCCUGCUGCCUUUUUCCUGCCCUUUAAUAGGGCGGGCAGGGAGAAAACAGGAGCCCCCAGUCAGGAUACUGUUUGCAGGCUGGCUACAGGGUGGUGAACCAGAGAAGGUUUCAGGCAGGAAAAUAUUGUUGCCAAAUGCACACAAACAAAUGCACACAAGCACACACAUGCAGACACAAACAAUAUGGAAGGACCGAGCCCUUCUGAUAGUUUAAAAGCAAGAAGAAUCAGCAGGACUAAUACAACACUCUCUGCCCACCUCCCCCCGUCUCUCUCUCACACAACCCCGGCCUCUCAGUAAUGUGGAUGUUGCUCCUCUUCAUUCCUUCUCUGAUUAGCAGGUUACAUCGAAACCGCCAUGAAGUUACCUAGCAACUGUGGGGCACUGAGCCUUUCACCGUAUCAUCUCUGCGGCCGCUUCCAUGUGCAGAAUGAUGGCAAUCUGUUUAAGUUUAUUCUUAAAUUACCGCCCAGCAGCAGUCUCAUUCACAGCGAUCACCAGCUCUUCAUUCUUCAUUCUGUUCAGCGCAAAGACGGGUGGCUAAUUAAAUGCUGCUUCAAACGGUGUGUGAAAAUGGGUGUAAGGAGUAUGUGCAGAGGAGAGACUACCAUGUGUGAAUGUCUGUUUUGAUGUCAGCUACACCUUCUGGGAAAAUAGGUGCUAGCAUGGUCUUCACAUAGGAUGGUGUGCAGAGAUAUUGACAUGCAUAGUUCCCCCAUCCCUAUAAGGGAAAAGACACAUAUUAAGCAGCCCGGAGAGUCCCAGAAACAAUGGAUUCCUAAACCAUCCCUAGCAGGACAUCCAGUGUCCUCCUUUAAAUUUCUAGGGGUGGUUUCUACAGCAGCAUCUACUGUAUGUUCCCAAUCUUUUAAAAAUAUAUAUAUAUAAAAAUAACAAGAAAGCCAUCCAUAAAAAUGUACUUCAUAUCCGUUUGCUACAACUGAACCAUCACCUGCUGCUUCUUGUCUUUUCCCUUAGUUGCAAACUUGCACUCUUCCUCUGUUUUAUGGCAGCCAUUUAUAUAUUUGAAAAGUGCUCUUGCGCCCUCUGCUUCCUGCCUUGAACUCUGUGGCCCUUCUUCUUGAGAUGCCUCAUUCUACCGCCAAUUGGUCAAACUGGAGCACUUUCACACUUCAAAUCUAGGAGAUGGGAUGUAGCUCACUGGUGGAAUAUCUGCUUACCAUGCAGAAGGUCUCAGCUUCAAUCCGUCCAGGGAGGGCUAGGAGAGACUCCUUGACCGAAGCCCUAGAGAGUCACUGCUGGUCAAUGUAGAUACUAAUGAGCUAAGUGGACCAAGAGUCUGACUUGCUAUAAAGCAACAUCCUAUGUAUCUAAACAGGCUGUCCAGAGCAUUCUCUUCUCCAGGUCACUUUCUCACAGGUCUCCAGGAAAUUGCCAAGGCAUUCCUGAGAGCUUCAGCCUUCCUCUCUACUGCUCAUGCUUCUGGCACCAAGGCAAGUGGUGAGCACUUCUCUCGGGGGCAGAAAAAGCCAAAAGCUUGGUCUUCCAAGCUGUCAUCUUUAUGACACCGAAUGCCACUUGUGUUAGAGGGACCGGGCCAUGAAUUGAAAUUGUGGAGGUCUGUUUGGCUGUCAAAUUGAAGUGAAGCCCAGCUGCAGAAUCUCUGUGCAUUCAUUUCUAUGCCUGAAGUGCUGCAGCUGGACAGAGAAGCACAGGGACCUCUGCCUUAGCAUUAUGUCCUCCUUUGAUUUCCUAUUUCCCAGCUUGGUGGAAUAGCUUCUGGGGGGUAUCCAGGAUUGUUUCUCACACGCUUGGAGUUAGGGUGGCCAUGCUUGGGAAUAGGAUAGACUUACUUUUUGAAGGCCUAUCAGAGGACAGCCCUCUAUUUGAAAGCAUCCUCUAUAUCCGGUGUGGGGGAACUUUCACCUCUCCAGAAUCUGCUAACCUACAACUCCCAUCAGCCCCAACCAGCAUGACCAAUGACCAGGGAUGAUGAGAGCUGCCGUUCAGCAACAUCUAGAAGGCUGUCUGGUCCAAGUCAGGUUUAAAGAUAAAGAACUCCAAAAACAUGGAAUGCCUGGGCAGCAAAAUGGGCACAGGUCAUCUUGCCACAGUCUUCCCUGGUAUGGUGAGAUGUAUUGUAUUUCUAUUUAAAUUACAGUAACUAUUUCUAAGCUUUCGUCUAUACAUAUAAAUGAUCAUAUGCACAUUUUAUGCAAAUCUGUGUUCUCUUUUCUCCUUUUUGAUUAUGCAUUUUGUGAUGCUUAAAUGGCCACCCUAUCUGGCAAUGGUUAAAAGAUCAAACCCCAAAGGUCAGAGGUCAAGGCUGGGAGGGAACUGGGUGUCAUAUGAGCUCGGCAAGCAAUGGCUAAUGGGUGUAGUAUGCACCCUUUUGUAAACACUACUUUCUUCACAAAAUGAAUUCAAGCUCAGGGGGCUAAUGUGGAUCAAAGGCUCAGAUCAGAAACCUGUGCUAAUAGCUUUGUGCUCCAGCUAGGAAGGAAAAUGAAAAUCGCAGCUGCAAGAAGUGAAUAGCAUAGUGUCCAAAUGAGAUGAAUUGGAAGUGAUUAGGAUGAGAUGAAGGGAGAAGAAGAAAGGCUACUGUUCUGAAUGGCUAAGGCACACAGGAUGCUAUCUUCAUAAGGGAUGGCCACACAUGGGCAUGUAUCAGUUAUAUGUGCCUGCCUGUCUUAUAUAUACACUUAUUCUAAGUCCUGGCAGGUCUCUUUCAGAGAAGGCUUGUCCAGAACCUUGAUUUGGCUGUGGCUUUGCCAGAAACCAUAGAAUCAUAGAACUGUAGAGCUGGAAGGGACCCAAGGGUCAUCUAGUCCAACCCCUGCAAUGCAGGAACCUAUUUAGUGAAUCCUUCAGAAUGAACAGAAACCACCCCUUUCCCCACCUCACAAAGGAAAAGACACAAAUGCCUUGAGUUUCUCUGACCCCAUAAAUGUGAAUUCAUCCGCAGUGCUGAGUUGCAGUUUUUUUGGAUUGGCAUCUUUUCAAAUGCACACCUUGUACUGCUUUAUCUUUUGUGCAGCGACAUGCAGCUUUGAAUUAAUUGAGGCCUGGGGGUAGGAAUGGGGAAAUGGAAGGUGCGGGUUUGAUCCCUGAACUCACCUAGCUUAAGGGCAUCAUAUUUGGUUGCUCUCCAAAUGGCUAUGUAUGAGUGGGAAAAGUAAGGCUCCCCAAUUGUGAGAACAGGAAUUUCUGAGGUAUGCUCGUUCAUAGUAUCAGUUAAUUUUGAAAGAUGGGCACACACCUACUUUAAAGAAAGAGGGGAAGCCUUUCAAAACAGAAUUUGCAGUGCCAGGAAGCAGAAAGAGCAGUGCAGUAGUUCUACACUAGCAAAGCCCUUCAUAAGAAUGUAUUCCCUAGUGGAAUAGUACACUGCAGCCUACUUUCACACACAUCUGGCUCACAUCUAGGCUGAAUAGAUAGAUAGAUAGAUAAACUUUAUUCGCAUUAGCCAAUGGCCAUAGCAACAUAAAACAAGCAAUACAUACAAUUAAAAAGACAACAAUGGGUAAAAAGGGCAUUCAAAUUACCAAGAUUAUCGUUCAGAUAGUGGCCCUUAAUCUCAUUACACCCUCGAUAAACCAUUAUGACAUCUAGGUUUAUAAUGAGAUACUGUACCAGCUUCUGGGACCUGUUUGUAUCAAGUUGCACUGCUGUCAGCUCCCUUUGACGGAGGCCCAAUUUAAGAACCUCAUUAAAAGCUAUGAGUUGCACUUGCCUGUCUGCAUGGAGGUGUCUGGAAUCAUUAACUUCUCCUUACUUCUUUGUGAAACCCAUUUGCUAAUGGUGAAAUAAGCUUCUUGUUCAUGGGUCCCUUUUUAUUAUAGCAGAGGCUAUAAUGGCUUUUCCAUGGCUACAUCCAAGGGUUUCGUUAGCUAGUGGGUGGGCCACAGGGCUCAAAACCUGGUUCUUU